UUUUGUGGUCUUACAUCAUAAAGCUUGAAUGGCGGUUGGCCUGGAACUGAAUUCUGUUGGCAGAGUCAACCGCAUCCCAGCAGUGCCUAGGGCAUAAUGUAAUGAUGAUGUCAAACCCUCCUGUUUCCUUCGAUGAGACAAGAAAGUCUCCCAGGACCCCUGGUGGGCUCGCUGCGUGGAGGUAACAUCUUGGCGCUCAAGAGCAUCGGUCUGACCUUGAGCCACCUCCAUCCAGCCACCUGCUCCAUUUCCGGUUUCCAGGCUCCACAGCAAUCAGGUGCCAUGGAAGCUGCCAGGUGCCCGGAAGGAGCUCUGAAACCAGGCCUUGUUUGCAGUCCCAGCUGCCAGACGGAUCCAGGUGAGGGCAAUCAACCUUAUCCCGGAGCCAGCAUUGAGAGCACCUUCUGGGCUCCUCCUCCAGGACGGCCCCUGCCCCUCUUACCUGGCCUUUUGCAGGCCCGCUUGCUUCCUCCAUACCUGGACUCUGCAAUGAGAAGGAACAGGACCGUCGACAGCAAGGCUUCCCUUCAACCCACGGCCAGGUCCCAGGGACCUCUAACCACCAUGAUGUCUGCCCGCACACUCUUCUCUCGCUUCCUUCCUUCCUGGCUCUGCACAGGAGACGGUUGGGAUAAGACGUGGUUAAAGGAAUUCACACCCCUGGGUGAUAACCGAGCCCUUCAAUGCCAUGUUCCCGGGAUCGACAGUAGCGUUGGGCACGCGGUAGCCACUCAACAAGUAUCUGCUGACUACAAGACUGAAAAAGUGUGAAAUCCCAAGGAUGCAUCCACCCCCCGGGGUAUUUGCCCAGAGGAAUAAGGUCAUUCCUUCUGCCUCCAAGGCUCGUCCUUCAAGUCUGUAUUCGUUUGAUCUCUCCCUGGCCUUCAAAGCCCAAGUCAAACGUUUUCUGUCCUUUGCAACUUUCCCCUAAUACCCUUAUAGGGACCAUAGACCAUGGCUAUGCUGUGUCAAGAAGAAUUUAUAAACUUUGUACUUGGUGCUCGGCUUGACGAUAACUGAAGUGGGGGAUUCGGAGGAGGUAGAAGAUGCAAUCUGUGCUCCCAGGGACCAGAGAGCCCAGUCCGAGAGGCAGUGGGGCUGUCAUGAGACCAUAGAAACCAAGAUCGACCCAUCUGCGGUUGCUUGGGAGAAUCACUGCACAUUUUUAAGUAAAGAAGUUCCUGGUUCUUGGGGCACCUGGGUGGUUCAGUGGGUUAAA